AUGUUACCACCGAAUACGAGAACUGAAGCAGUUUUUCUGAAACCACGUGCACCAUUCAAACUGGCUGCCUUCAACGUUCGCACACUAGUGCAGGUUGGACAACAGAUAGGGCUGGCUAUGUCUUUGGAAAGUCUUAAUAUUGAUGUUUGUUGUCUGUCCGAGACCCGUAUUCAAGACUCUGACGAAGUACUACAAAUUCGAUCUCCAUCUGUCACUUCGAAAACCUUGUUUUACGUGCGCUUAUCCGGAGACCCUGGCAUCUUCGUCUGGUCUGGCUGGCGUUGGUGUCGCACUAAGCGCUAG